UAGUUACUUUUUUGACAACCACCGACCAAGGUUUAUCUUAUUGUCACGGUGGGCGUCCAAUACGCUCGAAGACGCGUCACACCAACCAAACUCUACCGGUGUGAAACCUAGCGAACUCUACACUGUUAUGUUCACUAUCAUAAAGAAUCUUGGGUACGUACUGGAAUUGCGCGUGGUAGAGCCGACGGACAAUAGUGACAGUGAUGUUGUGCAUAUAGUUGAUAGUUUGAGCCGCAUAAAGGACGACAUAAUGCUCACGCGCAGACACGUGGAUGCGGGUAUUCUGCCCGUUGUGUAUAUUGCCGAAGCGACCUACUUUUGUCUGGUCGCUCCACGCGCUGCGGAGAUCAACCUAACGCAAUCGCUGUUGCGCCCGUUCUCGUACGAAGUGUGGCUGUUCAUCGUGGGCUGUGCAGUGGCAAUAAGUGUAUUGAAUGAGCUCUCGCAGUACGACACCCGGAUGGGUGUGUGGCUGAGGUGGAUCUGUUCCUGCCCCCCGCUGCCUUCGUUCUACAGCACCUGUUUCGCGUUCAUUUGCUUCGUCCUUAUCGAGUCGUAUCUCGCUACGGUGACAUCCUUCUUUCUUGCCUACCGGUUCGUGCCGGAUGCGAAAACGUUAGAGGAAUUCUUCGCCACGGGCAUUCCGAUAAGGUUGGAGGAAGGAAUGGACACAUUUUUGAACAAUCUUGAACCACGCGUAAGAGAUCUUAUAGUAGCACGAGGCGUUCGCGGCACGGAGUGCGAAGAGUUCUCUGGCGGAUGCGCCCAUUUGGAUACGUUCGCGAGAGCUUCGGUGAGGAUUAAGGAACUGGUUGGGGUUGAUCCGAUCAGUGGCCGCAAGCGAUCGUACAUUGUGCCGGAGAUGGUGGCAAGAUACAGCUGCAUGUCGUACGCGUUUGCCCGCGGCUCACCGCUGACCGAUGUGGUAGCGGUGUACCUACGGUGGAUGUAUGAGGCCGAGCUGAUGCGUUUGUUUCAUCAAGAUUACGAGCAGUAUCUACAACCGAACGAUCAUGCACAUACGCUUGAAGAUUCGCUGGCGUUUGAGCAUCUGAUGUCGCUGUGGGUCUGUGUCGGUAUCGGUUGGGGAGUGUCGUGCUGUGUGUUUAUUUUGGGACUGGUCCGAAAGGCUUUAAAUGAGCAUCUAUGAAGGAUACAUGUAUGUCGUAAUUACUAUCG